AUGAUAUCCUACCCUAACACCCAAGAUCUUGCAGAAAGUUAUUUCGUUGGAGAUGAGGAUCAGGGUAACCCUCCUUCCAUUCCCAAGGACUGCUACCCCUCCUUCUCUUCCUUCCCCUUAUCUCCGCCAACCUUUGACCAUGACCUCCUCAUCACUGCCCACCUCACAACAACCAAUACCUUGGAAGCACCAACGUUUUCUUCCCCGGAUCCAGCAGAUGACAUGGAUAUGACCACAAAUGCACCACCCACGACGAGAAGCUCCGGCGGCCGUAAACGGCCCUUCAGGACCGACAGGCAUAGCAAAAUAUUAACUGCACAAGGACUAAGGGACAGGAGGAUGAGGCUCUCCCAAGAGGUCGCUAGUAAAUUCUUUAGCCUCCAAGAUUUGCUGGGCUUUGACAAGGCUAGCCAAACUGUCGACUGGCUCCUCACCCAGUCCAAAUCUGCCAUCCAACAGCUCAUCGAUGCUUCACAGCUUGAAAACCAGAGUAUCAAUCUUAGCAGCCUUGUAAGUGAGUCAUCCACAUCGGAGUGUUUCUCUGCAAUCUCUAACGACAAGCAAAAAUCUACAGCAGCUUCUCCGAAGACUAAUGAUAUCGGUCUCCCGCCUUUGAGCAUAGCCACAUCAGAUCCUAUAAUGACAAAAGAGAUGAGAGAUAAGGCAAGAGCUAGGGCAAGGGAAAGAACAAGAGAGAAGACGAGGAUUCGGAGUGGUAGGCCUGAGGGUAGCUGUAAAGAAGAUCAACCAUCCUCCAAAAAUGAUGCGGUGAGGGAAGGAGAAGUAUGCACCCAUGGAGUAGUGUAUCAGCCUAGCCUAAUGACAAUGGUGCCCUCUAGCUUGAUGUACGACAAGAACAACACCAUCAGCCUUUUAGACGAGCAAAUGAACAUAAAUUUUUCCAAGUCAUGUUGA